CGGUGGCAACCAAUUGAGAGUGAUUUCGACUCGUUACAGAGUAGCUGGCUUCCAGAAAGUUCAUCAUUGUAUCAUAAAGGCAUCAUUGUAUAACUACUUAAACGCUCUCCUUAGUAAUAAACAUUCAGGUGUGAUUUAUAACCCUAGAUUGCAGGCUUUAGUCAUUAUGUCAGUAGCAUUUCAGCAGGUUUAACGUACGUAGGUUUAGUAUUCACAGAAAGUUACGUUGGAUCUGGGCUUUACAGGUCUGCCGUUUACUCGUGAUCAGUAGUUUUCCUCGGUACAAAAAUAAAAGAUGUUGCUGAAACUGGGAGGGAUGCGUGCCGCUCUGGGUGUGUUGGCGGUGCGCAGGGCCUGCUGUCUGUCUCGCUCGAGUCAUACGGCAUCGCAGACACUGGAGUACAAGCCUAUUAAAAAAGUCAUGGUGGCUAACAGAGGAGAGAUUGCCAUCCGGGUUUUCCGGGCAUGUACUGAGCUGGGAAUCCGGACGGUUGCUGUGUACUCUGAGCAGGACACUGGCCAGAUGCACAGGCAGAAGGCAGAUGAAGCCUACCUCAUAGGAAAGGGUCUGCCGCCUGUCGCUGCUUAUCUCCACAUACCCGACAUCAUCAAAGUGGCCAAGGAGAAUGACGUGGACGCUAUUCACCCGGGUUAUGGCUUUUUGUCCGAGAGGGCCGAUUUUGCUCAGGCGUGUUCCGACGCUGGGGUGCGUUUUAUCGGCCCUUCUCCUGAUGUGGUCCGUAAGAUGGGUGACAAGGUGGAGGCUCGUUCCAUUGCCAUCCGUGCUGGUGUGCCAGUGGUGCCUGGAACAGAUGCUCCGAUCUCCUGCUUGCAGGAAGCGCAGGAGUUCUCCAACACGUAUGGUUUCCCGAUCAUUUUCAAGGCGGCGUACGGGGGCGGAGGCCGUGGCAUGCGGGUGGUGCGGGAGUACGAGGAACUGGAAGAAAACUACCAGCGGGCCUACUCCGAAGCCCUGGCUGCCUUUGGUAAUGGAGCUCUGUUUGUGGAGAAAUUCAUUGAGAAGCCGAGGCACAUUGAAGUGCAAAUCCUGGGUGACAAAUACGGGAACGUGAUUCACCUGUAUGAGAGGGACUGCUCUAUCCAGAGGAGACACCAGAAGGUGGUAGAGAUCGCUCCAGCCUCCCAGUUAGAUCCCCAUCUCAGAGACAGACUCACGGCAGACUCGGUCAACCUGGCCAAACAGGUUGGCUAUGAGAACGCCGGCACAGUCGAGUUCCUGGUGGAUAAGAACGGAAAGCACUACUUCAUCGAGGUGAACUCCCGUCUCCAGGUGGAGCACACAGUUACUGAGGAGAUCACAGAUGUGGACUUGGUGCAUGCUCAGGUGCGGAUAUGUGAAGGCCGCAGCCUGCCUGAGCUUGGUCUGAAGCAAGAUAAAAUCAAGAUCAAUGGCUCAGCCAUCCAGUGUCGUGUAACCACCGAGGACCCAGCACGAGGCUUCCAGCCAGACACAGGAAGACUAGAGGUUUUCCGCAGCGGUGAAGGGAUGGGCAUUCGGCUAGACAGCGCCUCAGCUUUCCAGGGUGCUGUUAUCUCCCCACACUAUGAUUCUCUCCUGGUUAAAGUCAUUGCCAGCGGUAAGGACCUUCCUGCCGCCGCUGCCAAAAUGAACCGGGCCCUUGCAGAGUUCCGCGUGCGCGGAGUUAAGACAAAUAUACCGUUCCUCCAGAACGUCUUGAAUAACGACCAGUUCCUCUACGGCACCGUGGACACGCAGUUCAUCGACGAGAACCAGGAGCUUUUCAACCUCAGACCUGUUCAGAAUCGAGCCCAGAAACUCUUACAUUAUCUGGGUCAUGUCAUGGUGAAUGGACCAACGACUCCCAUCCCUGUGAAAGCUAAGCCUUCCUCUAUUGAUCCAGUCAUCCCAGCAGUGCCUCUCGGAGCUCCUCCAACGGGUUUUAGAGAUGUGUUGCUAAAAGAAGGCCCUGAAGGCUUGGCCAAAGCGGUGCGCUCUCACAAAGGUCUGCUGUUGAUGGACACGACCUUCAGAGAUGCCCACCAGUCUCUCCUGGCCACUCGGGUGCGCACUCAUGACCUUAAAAAGAUUGCACCUUUUGUGGCUCACAACUUCAACAGCCUCUUCAGCCUGGAAAACUGGGGAGGUGCUACAUUUGAUGUGGCAAUGCGCUUCUUAUGUGAGUGUCCUUGGAAGAGGUUGCAGGAGCUGCGUUCUCUGAUCCCCAAUGUGCCUUUCCAGAUGCUUCUGAGAGGAGCCAAUGCUGUGGGAUACACAAACUACCCAGACAACGCAGUCUACAAGUUUUGCGAGGUGGCCAAAGAGAACGGCAUGGACAUCUUCCGUGUCUUUGACUCUCUGAACUACCUUCCCAACAUGCUGCUGGGAAUGGAGGCAGCUGGGGCAGCGGGAGGUGUGGUGGAAGCGGCCAUCUCCUAUACUGGCGACGUCUCUGACCCCAUGAGACAGAAAUACUCGCUGGAUUACUACGUGAAGCUGGCUGACGAGCUCGUGAAGGCUGGCACGCACAUACUUUGUAUCAAGGAUAUGGCCGGCUUGCUGAAACCAGAAGCUAGCCGUUUGCUUAUUGGUGCACUGAGGGAUCGUUUUCCUGACAUGCCCAUUCACGUGCACACUCACGAUACGGCAGGUGCCGGCGUGGCAGCCAUGUUGGCGUGUGCAGAAGCCGGAGCUGACAUCGUGGACGUCGCAGUGGACUCCAUGGCUGGCAUGACCUCUCAGCCCAGCAUGGGCGCCAUCGUCGCCUGCACAAAGGGAAACAAACAAGACACAGGCAUCUCUCUGGAUAAGGUCUUUGACUACAGUGAGUACUGGGAAGUGGCCCGUGGUCUCUAUGCUCCGUUUGACUGCACAGCCACUAUGAAAUCCGGGAACGCUGACGUUUACGAGAACGAGAUCCCGGGAGGCCAGUACACCAACCUUCACUUUCAGGCUCACAGCAUGGGCCUAGGCAACAAGUUCAAGGAGGUGAAGAAAGCCUAUGCUGAGGCCAACAAACUCCUGGGAGACCUCAUCAAGGUGACUCCGUCUUCGAAGAUCGUGGGAGACCUGGCGCAGUUCAUGGUCCAGAACUCCCUGACACGGGCCGAGGUGGAGGAGCGGGCCGACGAGCUCUCUUUCCCUCUCUCGGUGGUGGAGUUCUUGCAGGGCCACAUCGGCAUCCCUCAUGGAGGCUUCCCGGAGCCGUUUAGGUCUAAGGUGUUGAAAUCGCUGCCUCGUAUAGAGGGUCGUCCAGGUGCCUCUCUCCCUGCGAUGGACUUCAAGGGUUUGGAGAAGCAGCUGCGUGAGACGCACGGUGAUGACAUCACUCCAGAGGACGUAAUGUCUGCAGCCAUGUACCCCAAAGUGUUCCAGGAGUUCAAGGAGUUCACCACCACCUUCGGACCUGUCGACUGCCUCAACACCCGCCUCUUCCUGGAUGGGCCGAAGAUUGCAGAGGAGUUUGAGGUGGAGCUCGAGAGAGGAAAGAUUCUCCAUAUUAAAGCUCUGGCACUGGGCGAUCUAAAUAAAGCCGGUCAGAGAGAGGUCUUCUUCGAGCUCAAUGGUCAGCUGAGGUCUGUCCUGGUCAAAGACACCGUGGCCCUUAAGGAGAUGCACUUCCACCCAAAGGCUCUGAAGGAUGUGCGGGGUCAGGUGGGAGCGCCCAUGCCAGGGAAAGUGGUCGAGGUCAGGGUCAAAGAGGGCCAGAAGGUGGAAAAAGGCCAGCCUCUGUGCGUCCUCAGCGCCAUGAAGAUGGAGACAGUGGUGAACUCGCCACUUUCUGGCACCGUGGCUAAAGUUUAUGUCAAAGUCGACAGCACCCUGGAAGGCGAUGACCUCAUUCUGGAGAUCACAGAGUAAAGCAAGCAACGUCAGAAGGCAUCCAGGACACAGCUCUAAAAAAAAAAAAAAAAAAAAAGUGUUAUCAGCUCCUGUAUGGGGCUGUACACGCACACACACACACGCACACACGACAAAAGCACACACCUUUUAAAGCAAAUGUAUGCACAAAUUUUGGAACUGACAGAGGGAAGGGAGUUCAAUAUUUAGUCUAAAAUUAUCUACACCUAGUUAUUGCCUAAUGUAUCCAGAAAUUAGUGUUUGUGCACUGGGUGCAGAAGAGUUCUUGUUUUCAUGUCAUCUGAAUCUAUUUUGCAUAAUCACCUGUCAUGUGUAAUCACCAGAGCUAAUGAUCCAUGAGCUGAAAACUAGUGUUACAUUAACAUUGAGUGUCUCUGUUUAAUGUUGAUGUCAUUAUGUCUUAGAAAUACUGUAUGUAGAAAUCGGAUUGUUGCGGUAAAAAGAUUAAUUAAGAAGAAAAGCAUGCGAUAAAUGAAAAUGAUGAGUCAAUUCUGCAGAAAAGUACAUUUAAAUAGAUAUUGAGAUACUAAUAGCAGCUAAUUUCUUGUACAGUGUCCUUUGAGGUGUUGCCUUUAAUUCUGAAUCAACUAAAAGAGAAAUAAAAUGAAAGUUCCCAUGUAGCCUGUA